CGGUGGAGCUUGGACGUUGAUCGGAACCAUGUCCCGCAACUCGCUACUGCGCCGCCUGGUCUUGACGGCCGAGUCGGGCGUCCUAUCGGCGAAGCAACUCAUGGGCCUGCGCCUCAAUGUGGCGCCGGAAGCGCACGUGUUUCGUUUCGACAAGGCCGAGGCGACCGACGGCUGGCUCGUGUCGAGCGACCGCGCCAUCGGAGGCGAGUCGACGUGCUCGUUUGAGUUUGUGCCCACGGCGGACGAUAGCGACAAGGAGGCGCCCAAGGUUGGUGCUGCUGUCUUCUCGGGCCGCCUUAGCUUGUCCGUGCAGCCGACGGAGCAGCAUGUCGUGCGCAGCGGCUACUGCGCGAUUCGCGGCAACGUACCGCGCGGGCUGCACCUCCACGGCUACGAGGGCUUGGCCAUGCGCAUCAAGACCGACGGCCGCACGUACCGCAUCAACGCCCAGGCCGACGGGUGGAACCCCCAUGAUCUGUACAUGGGCUUCCUCAAGGCGCCGGCGAACAAGUGGGUCGAGGCAGAGCUCGCGUUUUCAGACUUCAUCUUGACGUCGCGCGGCUACGUGCAAGUGGACGACCCGGCCAAGCUCGACCCGUCCUCGCUGCGCACGAUCGGUAUCGCGCUCGCCGACGACAAGGAAGGGCCCUUUCAGAUUUCGAUCGAGUGGAUCAAGGCGGUCGAAAAGGUCGACACAACCAACAUCGCGCCCAAGCCGCGCGUGUCGCUCAAAACUGAGCUGCUCGACGACGACGAGAUCGCGCCGCUCGAGGACGACGACCAGCCCAAGGCCCGCCGGCCGCGCAAGUCGGACCUUGUCAUUUAA